AUGUCACCUUCACGAGCAGACAGCCUCUCGCCGACCCGAGAAGAGACCCUCCCCUUCGUUCACGACGUUAUCAUCGUAGGAGCCGGACCUUGUGGCCUGGCAGUCGCGGCUCGUCUCCGCGAACAAACGCCCUCUGCACUCUUCACCGACGAAGAGCAUCAUCGAUACCACUGGAUCAGUAGGCAUGCCUCCAAUGCUGCUAUCAAGAAUUCCAAGACUGGACAAACUCGGACGUGCGAGGGCAACAACAGUAGCAAGAAGAGUGGCUUUCAACCAUCGAUGCUGGUGCUGGAUAACUCAGGCAAUACCUGGAUGUCGAAAUGGAACAGGCUCUUUUCCAUGCUGGAGAUCUCGCAUUUAAGGAGUCCGAUGUUCUUUCAUCCAGAUCCUCAUGACCGAGAUGGGUUGUUGGCGUAUGCUCAUAAAGAAGGGAGGGAAUGUGAAUGUUUGGAGAUCGCGGGCUGUGUUGGCAAGGAGAUUAGCAAACACCAGAUGAAGAAGAAGAGGGCGAGAAGAGGACCUGGUGAGCAAGCCCGGCCUACCAUCACCAUCGACGAGCGAGAUCGCAAGGACUACUUCGCUCCACCAAGUGACCUCUUCCAGAACUACUGUGCCUGGAUCGCCGAACGCUACGGUCUUUGCGAUGAAGACCUAAUACAGAAAGCUUCGGUCUCAGAAAUCGACUACGACUUCGUCCCACAGCUUUCCCCCGAUGAAAAGCUCUUCACAAUCCGGACAGACGGUUCCAUCUACUAUGCUCGCAGCGUCGUGUUGGCAGUGGGAGCUGGCAAUGCCCCUUCAAUACCCAAGCCUUUCCCUCACACUGGAUGUCCAAAUGCAUGCCAUGCUUUCCAACCACUUGAUGCAGCUUUGGCGGCAAGGGUGAAAGCAAGGAAGUCGACCAAUGUGAUGGUUAUUGGCGGUGGUUUGACCAGUGCUCAGAUUGCGGAUCGAGCGUUGAGGAGGGGGGCGACAAGGGUGUAUCAUCUUAUGAGGGGGCCGAUGAAAGUGAAACCCUUUGAUGUCGACCUGAGCUGGAUGGGCAAGUUCCGGAACCACGAAAAGGCCUCGUUCUGGUCCGCAGAUACUGAUGAAGAACGCUCCGACCUCGUCAAAUCCGCCCGAGGCGGCGGCAGCAUAACGCCCCGCUUCGCCAAAACCCUCGACGCCCACGUCCGCACAGGCAAACUCUCCAUCCACACGCACACGACUGUCACGCACUCCACCUACCACCCGACCGAACAAACCUGGUCCCUCGAGACCUCGCCUCCCAUCCCAGACCUCCCCAAAAUUCACUACGUCUACUUCGCCACGGGCGUGCAGAGCGACUUCGAAAAACUACCGUAUCUGCAAAAAAUCGUGCAGAAGUACCCCGUCGAGUCGUUCGAUGGACUGCCGGCGUUGACGGACGAUCUGAUGUGGAAGGGGGAUGUGCCGCUGUUUAUGACGGGGCGGUUUGCGGCGCUGAGGGUGGGGCCUGGGGCGGCGAAUUUGGAGGGGGCGAGGUUGGGUGCUGAGAGGAUUGUUUGGGGGUUGCAGGAUGUUUUCAAGGAGGAGGGGGGUGUUGGGGGAAGUGUUGGUGAUGAAGGGGAGGGGGGAGAUGAGAGCGGGGUGAGGUAUGCGAGUGGGAUUGGGAGUCGGUUUGAGAGUUUGGAGGUGGAAGGUUAG